AAAUAUGCGUGACCCUUUUGAUAUCUCGAUGAACACAGCAUUCGUAUGUUAUGAAAAGUCACGACAUCAAAUAUCGAGUGCUCUUGGGUUUGAAGAAGCUGAGUCAUGUGAUUGUCAGCAGAUUACCCGCAGACACAACAUUAGGAUCUGUUAUGUCAUAACUCGGAACUGCCAUGGAAGGAAAAUUAAACCUAAAACUAAAUGUUGUCGAUGAAAAUGGGUGUGAAUUAACCGAUGGAAGGUCACUUCUCUAUCAGACAACGUACACAGUCAGAUGGAAAGAAGUUGUGCAGUGGGUGAAGGACAAGCUGUCAAUCACUUACUCACUAGCAUUUAGUUAUUUUGAUGAUGAAGGUGAUUUCAUAUUUGGAAACACGGAACAAGAAUGGAAGGAAGUGUUGGAAAACAAACAUGAAAAUAAAGAUGGACGUGGAUCUACAAUCUCUGUCAAUAUUCUUCUUUUGGGAAAGGCUGAAACUUCAAGCUGUUGUAAAGAAGUGAAGAGACAAAAGCCGACAAGCUCUUGUACUGGAGUACAAUUGAAACUGUCCUGCUGUGAAUUUUUGAGGCCACUCCCUCCCAACCCAGAUGUAGUCAGUGACCCACCAGAGAAAAAGGUCAACCCACGUUUGCACGAGUACAAGUACAGUGGUGAUGCCCUGAGAGCUGUUGCUUUGCCACUUGGACCAAUAGGUGGUGGCUCUAUAGCAUUAGCUGGUGAUGGGGGUCUACGCCAGUGGCAGAUUACCAACACAGUCAAUCAUUUAGCUCAUGUACCAGAUUCAUUCUUUGCCAUUCGAGUGGAGCAAGGAAGCACCAGUAAUGCUGUUAUUCUUCAGUCAAGUACAUGGUACGAUGAGGAAGGAUUCACUCCUGCAGCAUAUGUCACAGACCAUGUUGUACCAGAUGGAUCUAAAGAGCUUCUCAGUGAACUACCUGGAGUUAAAACUUUGGAAGUCACAGCAAAAUACCCCAUUGCAGAAGUUGACAUUUUAAGUGAUGAGGUGCCUGUCCAAGUGCACUUAGAGGCAUUCAAUCCUUGUGUCCCUCUGGACUCCAAGAACAGUGGAAUACCAGUGAUUGUCUUAAACUACACUGUGACAAAUUCAUCAAAAGAUGCUGCAAAGGUUUCAUUACUGGGAUCACUCCAAAACAUUGCUGGCUGGAAUGGACUGGCUCCAAUUACUUCAGAAGUUGCCUGUGAUGGAUAUGGUGGAAAUAUUAACAGUCUUUUGGAGACCAGCUGUCUGUUUGGUAUUGACAUGAGUAACCCAUCCUUGGAAGAGCGGAGCGCAUCAAAUGGACAUGUGUCAAUAUCAGUGGUGAAAAAGCCAGGUGAUAGUUUGUCUACAAUGCUCCAAUAUGAUGAUGUGAAAGAGAUGUGGCAAUAUUUUACAUUAUCGGGACUACCUGGGCAAGGAAAGUGUGGUCCCUCUCCAGUGGGUAAAACUUGGAAUGGAGCUGUUUGUUGUGAGAGAGAAGUCCCACCUAACAGUUCAGAGACCUUCACAUUUCUCUUGGCUUGGCAUUUUCCACACAGAUAUGUAAACUGGAGCCAGGGGUAUUUUGGUAUCAACGAUCCCAAUACACAGUUUUACAUUGGCAAUCAGUAUUGCAAGUUCUGGAAGAACAUUAACGAGGUUUUGUACUACACAACUGCUAACUUGGAGCCCUUAACAUUGUCGACCAGGGUCUUUAGGAAUGCAAUGUUUGAUUCCACAUUGCCGUGGCAAAUGAUUGACAGUGCAGCUGGAAGGCUGUCUGUUGUAAGAUCCCCCACGUGUAUGUGGUUGGCUGAUGGCAAUCUUUAUGGAUUUGAAGGAUGUAGUAAAGUUGGAGGUUGUUGCCCGCUCAAUUGCACACACGUGUUCAACUAUGAAAUGGCCAUUGCAAAGUGUUUCCCUGAUUUGGAGAGAACCAUGCGAGUGGUUGAUCUGAAAGAGCAGAUAGCUCCCAAUGCCAUCAUACCAAGCCGCACUACUGUGCCUCUUGAGCUUCGACGCUGGUGGAGCUUUUGGCCAAACUACACUGACGUUGACCCCGCCUCUACUACGAUAUGCGUUGAUGGCGAAAUUGGAACCGUGUUGAAAACCUACCGGGAGGUUCUUCAGGGGGCUACUCAAGAGUGGUUCAAUGGUUUAUGGCCAGCGGUUAAGAAAAUCAUGGCACGAUGGAUGGAGGAACUAGAUUCGGGAGAUGGUUUGAUUCGUACUCCUCAGCCUAACACUUAUGACAUCUGUUUCUAUGGUGUGAAUACUUUCACGUGCUGUCUUUAUCAUUGUGCAUUACGAGCUGCGGAGGAGAUGGCUAAACUUCAAAAAGAAUCGGACCUUGCUGAUGAGUACUCCGCCAGGUUCAAACUGGGAAGUGUCAACCUCGAUAAGGCCUGUUACACAAACGGAAAAUGGUACACACAGGUGCUAGAUCCAGAGAAUCCGAAAGAGGAAAUUGCCGACGGAACGUUCAUUGAUUGUCUGCUUGGCCAGUGGUGGGCAAACGUUUUGCAGCUCGGUGAUAUUUUACCAAAGGAGCAUGUCAUGUCUACUUUGGAGAACAUUUACUCCAGAAAUCACGUGGAUUCGUUUAAUCCAGCGGACCAGAAUCCCCGGAAGUUCUUUGACCAGCGAGACGCCGGACUCUACAUUUGCCGGUGGCCUGGGUCGCCUCCAGAAGACCCCUUCCGGCACAGUAGUGAGGGAGCCUGGACUGGUUUAGAGUACGAAUAUGCCCAAUUGUGUUUGAAUCAGUCAAUGGUCAGCACAGCACUCAGUGUUUUGACCGACACCCGUGAAAAGUAUGACGGCACUCGACGCAGUCCUUGGAACGAAAUUGAGUGUGGCGACCAUUAUGUUCGCCCAAUGGCAGCUUUUACCUUUUUUGAGUUCGCCUCAGGUCAGAAUUGGAAGUUGUCCGAGGUUGGGAAUCCUUUGAUCAGCCUUGGGUUUGCACCGCGAAUUAAUCCAUCAGACUUCUGUGGCUUUUUUAUCACUGCCACUGCUUGGGGUCAGUUUAAACAAAAGGGAGAUGAAGAAAUGAGAGAUGGAACUGCUGAGCUUUGUGUUCAUCAUGGAGAACUACGCCUAUCACAGCUCACUCUCAAGUCACGUGCCUCAUCUGCCUUAGCGCGCAUGGCAGGAGGUAGUAACGAGUUGCUGGUCACAACAGUGGCUCAGGACGCUGAACAGCUCUCAAUCAACUUCGAUCCUUGUGGAAUUCUGCUCAAAGCUGGCGAGGGUCUACAUGUCACACUUUCAGGUUAAGCCUGUUGCAUUUUAUGGCUGUCCUCGAGAGAGGACAUGGGUGGCUUUGCAUCGUUACCAACGAAUGAUCCGUAGACACACUCCAAGAUGGCGUCUAAUUAAAUUAUAAAUGUACGUUAAGGUAUUAUUAAAAAAAAAACCCUACCACCCCCUCCCCUCACCUCCUCCACUUCCCUGCCCUACCACCGACAAGUAAAAUAGCAUUUUAAUCAACAUCUGAUUGGUCCAAAUUCUAUUUCUAAAAACUUGAGGUUGUAACCAGGCCUUUAAUGAAAUAGCCUGGCCUAAAAAAUUACAGAGAAGUACUAGAAACGACAUUUGAGACGGAUAUGCUAUAAAAACGACUCUGAAAACUUCAUAAUAAAAUUACCAGAAACGAAGGUUUAAACGUUUAUGCACUAGAACUUGACAUAUGCCAGCAUUAUGCUAAUCUGAGUAACUUAGUAUUAUCGACUGUGUUGAUAACGUAAAUUGGCCACAAUAGAGAGUUUAAAAGCUGACGUUCCGAGUGAUAGCCCUUCGUCAUAGCGAAUGACGAAGGGCUAACGCUCGAACGUCAUACACACAUACAUACAUGAUUUGUUAAAGUAGGUCGAAAAGUGGCAGCUUAAAAAGCUGAUGUGGACCUACCUAAAACAUUUUUAUAGAAAUUUUUAUACAACAAUAUACAAAAUUAUGAAUUGAAUCUUUCUGUUAAAAAUGUUUACAGAAAAAAUUUACGGAAAUAUAUACAAGACUGUUAACUAAACUUAGCAAAAAAAAAGUUUUUACAAAGUAAGAAAAUAGAUUACUUUAAAAUACCACUAAUAAGUUGAUAAUAAAUGAAAUUGUCUAUAUCUUUGUUAAGAUUAGUAAUGGUUCCUGGAACAAAUGUCACUUUUUUUAACCGAGUCUUGUUGCAUUUUAGCUUAUUUUUUUUGUAAUUAUCAAGUUUAUUUAAGAGCCUAGAUAAACUGUGAAGAGAUUUCCAUACAGUCGGGGUCCUGAAAUAGAAACUGUUCCUCUCGAGAUCUGUUUUAUAAGUUUGAUUUCAAGGAGUGGGCCUUUGCGCUUCGAUUCAGUAAAAAUGACAAACGGAAGUAAUCUGCUGUUCAGGCCUUGCUUGACUUUGAAAAUUUCAAUUACUAAUCUUCUUUCAUAUAGGUAUCCUCAGUCUUGCCACUUGAUAAGAUCAAGGUUUUCAUGGUCCAAAUAGUUCUUCGAAUUUUUAUGAAUAUUUGUACCUACCUUGAUGUGCGAGUUUUCCAUUUCAGUAAAGAUAGCAACAGAUCAACUACCCCAGACUCCGAUACACUAAGUCACUCGAGGUAUUACAGUCUGAAAAUAAAUUUCUUCCAAUAGAUGUUAAGGAAGAUAACUCAUCUUCCUCAUGACACAUAGCUGGUUAUCAAAAGCUUUUAGUGCUUUAUCUACAUGUUUUCUCCGUAGCAGUCGGUUAUCAGUCAGAACUCCUAAUAGUUUUGUUUUGGUGGUAUAUUCUAGCAAUUUAUCGCCACAUCUAACUGGUAAUAAAGGUCCCACAAAUUCA